CAAUGUUUAACCUCAGUGCAACACUUCUUACUCUUGCAGCUGUUCUGAGCUGUGUUUCUGCCGGGACGACGAGGUCAAUGCCUGGGGCAACCUGCUCUCAACCCGAAUGUACCGUUCCCGGGCGAGGUUGUGUAACUGAAUGCGUGCCCAUCGGCAGUGAGGGUAGUCAUCAUGUCGACUGGCUAUUUAACGGUGAUUGCGGAGACGACCACAAAUGCCUUAUCAAGGAUUUCACCUGCAAUUCUAGGGCGCACACUGCUUUAAUGAACCAACCUUGUACUAUAUCUUGCUCGAACGGGUACAAGAAACGUGGACGCACGGCCAAUGGCAGCUGUAGACUCUAGGUGCAGUUGGCACAAUAUGCAUAGCCUGCCAUAUCUGUACUAGUAUAAGAAGCGAUCGGGAUCUGAGACUAUACGACAC